AUGAACAUCUCCCCCACGCCCAGGCGCUACAACUCCAGGGGCCACGACUACGGCUCCCGCGUGGACGACGAGCCCGCAUUCCACCCCUUCAACCGCGCCCCGCCCGCCCCGUCCGCCGACCGCAUCGUCCCCGAAGAGUACCGCGUCAACUCGCAAAUGAUCAACAAGCUCAUCAAGCAGAACAAACAGCUCACGGCCCAGCUCGAACACAAACAGGACGAGAUAGACCGUCUCAACGUGCUCGUCGGCUCGCUCCGCGGCAAGCUCAUCAAGUACACAGAGCUCAACAAGAAACUGUCCAGCGCGCCCGCCGCGUCGCCCGCGUCCUCGUCGUCGCCCGCCGCGUCCCCCGACGUGCUACAGGUCAACAAAACACGGAGCGGCGCGGCUCGCGCCGCCCCCGCCCUCGAGGACCGCGUCUCAGACAUAUACACCAAGCUCGACGCGCUGACGCGGCUCGUGGCGGGCGAGCGCGCUCCCGAUGACCCGCCCCGCGUGCGCACGCCGCAUCUGCGCUCCGCGUCCGAGGACGACAUCCUCACCCAGGAGAGCGCAGAGCUAAAGCAACUCGAAGACCAGAUCGACCUCCUCAAGCGCAAACUGCUCAUCAAGCGCGAAAACGAGCUUCGCAAGCUCUCCCUCAACAAGGAAUUGCUCGAUCUCAUGGAAAAACUAGACGUCUCGGGCUCAUCUUCCUCGCCACAGCCUCCUCCGCCCGCGGCCCCCGCCCCCGCGCCCGUACCCGCGCCCAAUUCCCAUCUACAGGCCUCCCCCCACUGCACUCAGUGCCAUAACGCCGCGGCCCCUGCACCUGCUUCGACCCGCCCCGCGCCCUCGUACAUGUCCAUGGCCCAGGCUCUCGAAACCCCCUCGCCUGCCCCCAAAAACGUAAGGCCCACAGACACUUUGUGGUAG